GAUUUAGCAACGCAUCGUGGCGGCGUGCUGAUUGGUGAGCGCCUUGUCGCCGGAGCCAAUGGUGGAGGGACGGCGUGCAUGCUGCACUUUUCAAAAAAAAAUUGCUGGAGGUGCAUCUGGAUGAGCUGUGAGUGUGUGCGCGCCAGCUGGGAGCAGCGCAGACUAGUCCAGGCAUUCGGGCCGAAGAGCCGAAACCUUCGCUGGCUGCGGUCGCUUUCACCCCGAGCGCGGUCCGCUGGAGAGCGGUGCUCUCCCACUGUCCGAACAUUGAGUUCGGAGCCUCUGCUUUUAAGCGUCCCGUUGUCCCUCGAAGUUUGCCAGAGCAAAUAAGGUUGUCCAAGCAAUGCUUCCAGUCUCAAAAACAAAGAGUCUUCAACCUGAAACAUUUGAAAAGGAGCCAUCUAAAAUAGAAAAGGAUGGUGAUCUUCAUAUCAAAAGGUCUCCUUCAUCACCCCAAGGUGGACCCAAGAAAAGAUCAGCUUUUGAAGACCUCACAAAUGCAAAGCAAAACCAAGCACAAGUCCAGGUUUCAAAGAGAAAAGGUGGGAAGAGUGUGAGUAAGAAAACUCAGAAAAGUUCUGUUAGACAAGAAGCACUGAAAAAUGAUGAAAAUCUAAAAAGUGCAGGACCCAAAGCUCCUCGGGAGCAUCUUGACAGUGCAAAGGAGAAGAAGCCCAAGACACCAGAAGCACCCGAGGAAAAAGCAGAUGUGGAUAAAUUGGUAGAGGUACAGCCUCCUCCCUAUGAUGACGUUGAUAAGGAGAAUCUGAGGGAUCCAUUCCUGAAUGCAAUCUAUGCAAAGGAUAUAUUUGACUAUAUGAAGGACCGGGAGGAGAAAUUUGUUCUGAAAGGCUAUAUGGAAAAGCAGCCUGACCUGAAUAUUGAAAUGAGGGCAAUCUUGGUGGACUGGAUGGUUGAAGUACAGGAAAAUUUUGAGUUGAAUCAUGAGACUCUGUACCUAGCAGUGAAGCUGGUGGAUCAUUAUUUGGCAAAGGCUGUGUGCAUGAGGGAAACACUGCAGCUGCUUGGUUCCACUGCCAUUCUUAUUGCUGCAAAGUUUGACGAGCGGUGCCCACCCUGUGUCGAUGACUUCCUGUACAUUUGUGAUGAUGCAUACCAAAGAGAAGAACUGCUUUCAAUGGAAGUGAACAUUCUCCGAACGCUACAGUUUGACAUCAAUGUUCCAGUGGCCUAUCGGUUCUUGAGGAGAUAUGCAAAGUGUGCCAGAGCCAACCUUGAGACACUGACUCUUGCCCGGUAUAUCUGUGAGUUAACGCUACAGGAAUAUGAGUUUAUCUGGGAAAGUGCUUCCAAGUUGGCUGCAUCUUGCCUGUUAUUGGCCCUCAAGAUGAAAGAUCUCGGAGGAUGGACUCCAACUCUGCAAUAUUACACUGGAUACCAGGUCACUGAUCUGCACUCGCUGAUGAGGAGACUGAACCUGUUGCUUUACAGUAAGCCCGAUGAAAGGCUGAAGGCUGUGCGGUACAAGUAUGCUCACAAGGUGUUCUUUGAAGUAGCAAAAAUUCCACCCUUGGAUGUUCUGAAGCUUGAAGAACAACUGAAAUUGAACACAGUCUAAAGCAGAGAUUCUGGCUAUUGAAGGAAAUAGUAUUGUAUUAUCUCGCACUUGUGUGGGUGGGUAGCUGUGUAUGAGGGUGUAAAUACUUGCAGCGUUUGCUUAAUAUUUCUUCACUGUGAUAUCUCUGCUAAGCAGAAAUAAUUGUGUAAUUAUUCAUAGUCUUUAAAAUGCAGCAAACAUUGAAAUACAGUAUCUGAAUUCUAAAAUAAGAGUAAAAUGGGCCAUUGUAAAUUGUGGUAGGGUUGGGGGGCAGGAGGGAGGUUGUAAGCAUUUUAACAUCAUAAAUGGCAAAUACACUAUAAGCAGCAGAUCAGAACCGGCAAUAAAUAACCACAAUAUAUACCAUGUAGGCUUUUUUGAUUUCCUUAAGGCUUUCAUUUUUGAAAUUUUUGAAAAAAGAAUUUAUUCCUAAAUUUGUAAAUUAAAGAAAGACCAAAGUGUUAUUGAAAAGAUUGUCUUGUUAAAAUAAGCUAACGAGGAUCAGUGCUUUUAAUAGGCUUCCCCAGUAAUCUGUCCUUAAUAGUAUAUAAUGUUGUGUAGCUUUUCUAAUUAUUGUAGUGAAAGCAAAAAUCCAAUUCCCUAGUUCCGCCAUCUCCUUUGAUUCCUUGUUUAUUUAAUAAAAAUAAAUAUCAUGGCAUUUUGCCCUGUCCCAGCAUGCAAGAGCAGCUAAACUGUCAGCUUUUCACACUUUUUCUCAAUUGGCAACAGUGCUGGAGAUUGACUCAAGCUAAUCUGAUCCCAUUUUAAUUUCUUCAGAUUUUCCCUGUUUUCUCUCCUUUGUAGUUGCAAUCAACUCUCAUCCCUGUAGUUGUGAAAGUGGCUUUACUGCUGCUUGUAACAACCCAGUUGUUCCACUAUCCCAUGUAACAGAUCCAGGAGCUAGUGUAUUUUGCCAAACAUGCUUUUCUUUUUACAUAAAGAGUCCCUGAUAUUUGCUGAAUGUCAUGAUGUUGGUCAGAGAAGAAAAACCUUGCAUUACCAUGGGGGGCAGAAAUAGCAGAAAUAUUAAUUCUGACUAUUGGUUAAUUUUAAAACUCUUAAUUAUAAACAGACCUGGUGUUUUAGAAGCUACUGUUAUUGAUGUAGGAUCAUGCUUUUGAGUACAGUUUUUCAAUGUUGCUGUUAAUUGUACCAUUUGCAAUAAUUCAUUUGUUAUAUAAUGUGUAUUUGAAACUAUUUAAAUUUGUGCUUUGGAAGCAAUUUGUCAGUAUUUAAAUGUUUUAAGCAUCCUGUCAGAGCAAAAAAAAAUGGUGUGGGUGUAUAAUAUAUAUGUUUGAGUACAUUUGUUUUGAUUCUCACUUUCAGUCCUGUCUAUUUUUAUGUCUGCAAGUAUGUCCAAGUUCCCUUGUAAAAUAGAUUAAAUGUAUUAUCUUGUUGUAGAUUUUAUUUUUAAUAAACUUCAGUUUCUGUCACUGGUUUAAAAAA